AAAUAAAUGUGUAAAUACAGUAUUGACAGAAGAACACAUGUCUUUAUUUAGCAAUAAUACAAAAGAUGCAAAACCUGCUGUUGUUUACCACAUUGUUUGUUAUUAUUUAGAUGCGAUAAUGUUAUCCUUUCUUCUCCAGACACUGUUAUAGAUUUGCUGCUGUGUUUGGGGCCAUCGCCUUGUUGCAUGACCUCUUUUGCAGCAAGCGUCAGCGGUGGAACAUUUGACUAGGCCUGGACUGGUUACUGGUCCAGAGUCUCAAAGAGAUGAUUUCAAAAUCUCUACGCUCCUCCAGCACAUACAUCAUUCCUGUGGUUUGACUUCCUUUUGAGAAGCCAGAGAAUGUGUGGAUGUGUCCAGCAGUAUGGUGCAUAGAGCAACAAAGCUCAGCACCUCCCUAACAGGAUGCUGCACACUGCCAGUCAGCUACAGUCAGGCCCAAAAUGUUCACACCCCUGGCAGAUUUUGGUUUUAAAUAUUUUCAUUCAACCAAGAAGUUUGUUUCUGAUAGGAAAUAAGACAGACAUCUAGGAAAUGAGUAAAGCUCUGAAAAAAAAAAAAUUCAUUGCUUUUAUUUACAUCUAAUUAAAAAUGUCAUGUUUUGUCAUUUUUAAUAAACUUCUGAAUAAUCAGUACACAAAUCUUUAUUUGUAUUAUGGCAGUCAAUCCCUUCUUAUAAUUGCUGAGGUUUGGAAGCACCCAUUGUCAUCACCCUAAUCAUUAGUUUCCUAGUGGAGCAGAUUGUUGCCUACAUGUGCCGGGGUAGUGUUGCUCUACAAAAAGAAUAUCUCAAUUGUGUGCUUAACUUUAUUAAUUCUGGAUUGAAUCCAACAUCAACUAAAUAAUUACUUCUUUAUCAUAACUGUGUAGCUCUUUGUAUGUGAGGAGGAUCUAUGUUCACCUUAUGACCAUGAUCACUAAGUCACAUCAGUUGAAGGCCUCUAACCAAUUCAAAGCUGUUACAAUGUUAUAGAUAGAACCUAAGAUGGGAGCAAUAACAAUGUGCAACAAUAACAAUGUGCAACAAUAACAAUGUGCAACAAUAACAAUGUGAGUUUAGGAUUUAUCUGUUCCCCGCCAAUCAGCCACGUCCUCUAAGACUGGAUGUGAAAAAAAAACUAAAUUACCCAGCAGCCUUUACAUCCCAGUCUCCUUCCCCCAUCAUUAAACUCCCAAAGUGCCACCUACUUUCCACGAUGCAACCGCCAGCGUGGUCCACGCCCUUACUGCGCGUGCUUGUUCACGUUACAUGAAACGAAAACUAAAAAAACAUGUUCUUAUUCAACUAACAGAGAAAGGCUGAAUUGUUCUUCUUAGUCAUUUUUCUACAUAUAAUAAAUAGAACCAGUGGUACAUUUUACAUUCUGUCGAAUACAAUAUUUCUGUGUUAAAUAAAAAGGUAUUUAUGGCAAUACUUCUAAUGCUGCGACAAUUUACCACACACAACCGUAGAGCAAACUUGUACCAGAUCCUGUUCUUGUUUGUAAUUUAUAUAAAUGCUUUACCUGCUAUGAUUAUUCAGGCAUUAGAAUUAAAAUGGAAGCGUAUUUUUAACAUUUAAAAAUUAAAUUGAAGAGGAAAAAGAUUUAUCCGCCUCCCCGCGAACGCAUCGUUGGUCCGGACCAGGGGGCGUGGGUUGACCGGCUUUCUCCGAGGCUCAGACACAAUGAACCGUCAGACUGAGAGGGGCACGCAUGUUGGGCCCGGGGCAUUAGCAUGAUUUUAAAACAUAAUUCUUCUUAGUUGUGGCUUCAUUUUGUUUUCCAGACUUCUUCUUAAACUGCUGACACAUUGUAUGACCGCAACAACUCUCGAGUUAAGCAGGUUGGCCGUCGAGUUUGAGGAGAACGAGGUCGGGAUCAGAUCAACGUCACAGUUUGCCAAUCCUGACGAGACUUUUCGUUCUUUUUCCCCCACAAAAAAACUAAACCAAGAAGAUAAUGAUGUCGCUGCCUGCUUCAUCUGAUUACUUCGCUGCUGAGUGUCUGGUCUCGAUAUCUAGUGGUCCUGUCCUGCACAGACCCACUCCGGUCGCCCCGGCCAGCCAGCCCGCCCCGAUGGGCCUUCUCCCCGGGGAGCCCGACGGGUCGAGCGAAGACAGGGAAGUUCGAGAGACGCUGAGGUUGGAGGGGACCAACAUGAUGACGGUGGCUGGGAUCCUCACCGACCUGCACAGCAAGUUCCGCCCGAUGUCGGCCUACUCGGAGAGCAGCAACUCCUCGUGCGGUGGGGAGAGCGGGUACACCACGUUGUCCGACCCCACGACCCCUACCAUGACCCCCUCCGCGACGCCCGUCCCCGGACAGCAGCAGCAUCUUCAGCAGCAGCACCUCCGGGGGGCAGGGGGAGUCGGGCCUCCGCGGUCCCCCGUCAAGCGACAUCAGUGCACUUUUGACGGAUGCGACAGAGUUUACGGGAAAUCAUCGCACCUGAAGGCUCACAUCCGGACACACACAGGUGAGAGGCCCUUCCCGUGUACCUGGCCCAAGUGCGAGAAGAAGUUUGCCCGCUCCGACGAGCUCGCCCGCCACACCCGUACCCACACGGGGGAGAAGCGCUUCCUGUGCCCACUGUGUGACAAGCGCUUCAUGCGCAGCGACCACCUGAUCAAACACGCCCGCCGUCACCCUGACUUCCAGCCCUCCAUGCUGCUCCGCUGCAAGGUCACGCCCACAUCCUCCCGCCAAGCCGCCCACACCUAGGAGGGGUUGAAGUCAGAUUCGUUUCAAGUUAACCAGCUACAAUCAAAUCCACUGAGUCGUACUCUAAACAUGCAUACAUAUACCCAAGCCAAUUGGUGUGGAGCUGUAUGUUAGGGGCUAGCAGCAGCAGCCCUCUGUUCUCACCGAUGUUCAACUGCUUUGUUGGAACACAGUCUUUACACCCAAGAAGAAGAGGACAUGUAAAGAAGUCUGCCUUCUCCCUAUUUCAGUUCUUAUUUCUUCAAAUUAAGUCUUUGGACCUAGCGUGCUACCACUUUCCCCCCAGUUGCACAUGUGUGGAGGCAUUUAUGUGUAAAGUUUACAAAAGAGCAGAUUGGACUGAGCUUUACUGCAGGCGAAUAGAAAUGAUGUAGUGGUUUAUUCAGUGCAUGAAACUGAACAUAUGCAAGGGCAGAAAGAAAAUGCAUUUACCACAGAACCACAGGUAGAUGAAUGGAUUUUCUCCAGAACAUAAUUGGUUAAACUGCCCCACCCUGACAUUUAAAGGUACAUAAUGUCUGUAACAUCCAGUCAUAACAAGAAGCAUUCCUUAGAUUUGCCUACUAUAAUAUAACAUUUAUAUUGAUCCCCCUUUUUUAACCAAAAAUGACUCAGAUUACCUCAUUGUUUAGUACAGGUUCAUGGCAGCACAAACAGUUUCUGUCCGGAUGCUUUCCUUUUAUCCUCGACUUUAACAAGUGGAGACGCUUUUAAGCCAUACAGAACUUCAAAUCCUAGGAAUAAACCUGAGGUCUCAGAUUUAAACACUUUUGCAAGUUGCAGGGAUUUUUCACUUUUGCUUUGAUUUCUGUUAAAAAAAACAACAAAUGUUCACAUUUCUCCUCAUUCAGAGUUUCACUGGUUUCUCAUGGUUCACCUAUAGGUGGUUGUUGUGCUCUUCAGCACCAUUUCUCAAACAUUAAGUGAAGUUGUGACUUUAGGUAGCCAGGCAGACUAGAAUUUGUUUUUAUUUUUUGGUGUUGCUUUAGCUUUGCUUCUCCUGAGUUUUAGAAGUGAACCAUUCGUGUUCCUACAUUAUUAGUAACUAUAUGGGGAAUAUUUUGUCGAUAUUUCCAUUGUUUCAGAUCCGAUGUUGAAAAGCUGAACAAAUCUCACUGUAGACAAGCAGUUUGCACACCACUCUGAAGGCUAGAAUAAUUAUCCUCACAUAAUACGCAGCAGUAUUAUGUCUAAUAUUGAUGCAAAUGUAUAUAAGCUUUAAGCUUUUAAUGUAGAAUACAUGGUAAUGCUACUAGCAGCUGAAAUGAUACAUGUAAUGCAUUGUAGUCCUUAUAUUAGGGGUAACAUUAUGCUCGAUAGGAUGGCGCUGCCAGUGAGAGUUGGUGUGUGUGUAUUUUUUCUUAUUUUGAAAGGAUAGCGAUUGAAGUUGUACACGUGUAUGCAAUAGUGUGUAAAAAUUGGACUCUUCUUUUUCUGGGCAGGGUAGAGGGUGGAUGUGCAUUUAGCUCGGUGUGUUUCAGCCGACUGCCUUCAGAUUAAAAGCAUUCAAUCCUCUGGGUUGUGGGACCAGAUGGUAGAGUAUGUGGAACUGCGUGAGAUCAGAUGUGGGUUUUUCUUUCUCUUCUUCCUAAGCAGAUAAACGAGUCUUACAGGACUGGAAGAAUAAUCUGAUUGCAACAGUUUUUUAUGGAUGUCCAAACUUGAUGGUUGGGCAGAAGAACUGGUGUCAGUAAUAAGAUGCAAACAUGGCUGCCGUCACAUGAGCAGACUUUAUAAAAUGAAAGCAGCCUUUAUUAGCCUAAUAGGUUCAGUCAUUUCGCCAUUUUCAUCAUCUUUAGCCAGACCUUUGUAGGGAAGAAAGAAUAUGCAAUGCCAAGAGUCUCUUUGUUAAUGCUUUACGAGAAUCGUACACAUUAUUAGACAGCAAGACAUUCACAGAUAUCGGCUAUGACCUACUGUAAGGAACCAAAGGGUUGUUGUAGCUCCAAUAAAUAUUAUCCACCAGCAAGAGGUUGCUUUUACUCGAGUUUGGUCAGGGGUUAUAAAGUCGCAUGUGUCUACAAAAGAAAAGUGGUCCAAACACAACACAACCUAACAACUGAAAUAUGCUUAAAUUGUAAAAUUUUCUCCACCAUCCAUACGAAUAGUGAAAUUGGGUGAGUUACAAUGAAUUCCUUUUUCCAACACAGUUAACCAAUGGUGCUUAUCAUAAAUCCACCACAGCUAUCGUGGGCAGAUGAACUGUGAUUCCUGGGUGUCAUAUGGGGGAAUCAAGUGGCGAAGCAGCAAAAGUAACCCAGAGCCGUUUCUGUCAAAAGGGCAAAUAAAUGUUUUUGUAAAAGCUACACAAAACCCUCCAAACCAUUACAAAAACCAGCUAAUUAUUUAGGAAUAGGCAUGGGGUGGUAUUAGAUUUUUACGUAAAUGGUGAACUUUAGUAAAAACAAAAUUGCCAGAGUUUAUAAAUGAAACUGUCAAUUUCAUCUAACAUUUAAAAUGUCUUGACACAGCCCUAGCAGGCCAGCAUGCUGAGGUACACAGUUUUCACAGCAGCCUCAUAGGGGACGACGUUGAGGUGGUAAGAGAAAAAAAAUUACACUUUUUCUCUCCAGAGUCGAUGCAGUUACGGAUACAGAUAAAUUAUCCCCACUGGGAAAACAACACUGCAUUCUAUAAAACAAGCAUGGAUGUGUAUGUUCUGCUCGUGAUUUGGCCUUUCGUUUUCUUCAUUUGCCGUGUGUAUGCCACCACCGUUUGAAUGGGUUUUAUUGUUGCUGUGGGGCAGACGGUCAGCGCACAUGGAUACCCUAGCGGGCAGGUGGAGAUGCAACAUCACACAGGCUUUGAAGUUGGAUUGACAGUAGAGCAGAGUGGGAUCUAUGAAUUGGUCUUACAGUUAUUGGAUUGUGAUACAUAGAAUUAGUUGAAUUAGUCAGGCUAUCUGCCCUGGCAGUCUGCAGUUGUCUGCUUUACCGGCAUGCCACUUGUAGCUAACUAUCUGUAGAUCCAGGAGCGUUCCCUUUAGAGUGAUGAGUGGCGCCCAUUUAGUUUCUAUGACGAUCCAGAUUUUUCGUGACCCAAACAGCCAAAUUUGGCAGACCUUGUUAGCAAAGGAAAGUGUAUCACUCUUUUAGCCAGCUGACUGGCAGUCUGGAGCAAUGGGUGGGGGAGGGGCAGCUGUGUUGCACAGCUCCAUACAGUUUAAGAACAGUUUCUCUGGCAUUUAUUUAAAAGGGCUUUAAUCUGUAAGAUUGUUAUUUUGAGAAUUUGUAUCAGUUUUGAAAACUGUAGCUCUUAAGAACCUCACUGUACCUCGGUUCUGGUAACCAGCCCACACCUAUUCCGAAGUUUCUGCUUAAGAUGAAGCCAGUCUGAAGUCAUGAGGGGUUUCGAACUUGUUUUUGGCUCCAGGUGUGAUUUCUGAUUUCUUUUCAGUGAUCCCCACACGGUUUCACCAUCUCAUGGACACAUUCCUUUUGUCUCAGCGAACAUGUCUUCAGCAGACAUUUGAAAGCCUUAAGCGUUGUCAUAACUCCUUUAUUCACCAUGUUUACAGCUGCAUCAUUGUUUGGGGUGAUGUUGCUUCAGAACAUGGCACUGUUUCUGAAAAGUGUGGAUGGCUGAGGAGUGGAAUGGCUUGCACUGUUACUGGGUCUGUAUGAGCAAGCACUGUGGAACUAUGCUAAUGUUUCUAACAACUGGUUUGUAUAAAAAGAAAAAACUGCCUUUCCCACUUGCUUUAAAAAGUGGGAUAAAUGAACCGGGUAGUCAUUGUUUUUAUUAGUCAGUUUUUGAUUGCUUUAGUGGUUGCUUAGCUAUCCAGGCCAUCUCUUCUUGUGGAAAUUUCAUAGAUGGAAAAUGUUUGAUUGUUUUUUCCUGAUUGUCUGACUUCAUCUCUUCCAAUUCAAGAUGUCUUCCUCUCACAUGGAACUAUUUUUCACAAACGGCAGCAGUUCACCGUUGGGUCCGUGUCAGUGGGAGCCCCUUGAAGUAAAAAUGCAAUGCUGAACUUUUUAUACACUUUUUUUUUUUUUUUUUUACCGAAGGGGGUUUGCUGCUGGCAGUAAACUCAAACACAUGGACUGUUUAACAAAGGAACAAACACAAUCUACUUCUGUUUUCAGAUGGAAAUGUCUCCUGCCGUCUCUCAUGGCAGGUGGAAGCGUCCACUGACUCUUAGAGCUAUAAAAUCACAGGAACAUACCUCACAGUUUCACUACGUUUUGCAGCAUCUGUGCCUAUUCCCUCUAAGCUUUUCUUUCCAGAAUUCCCUGGAAAGCCCUCAGGUUUCCAAAGUUUGAUCUCAUUGGCUAGGUGGCAGCUGCGGUCCUUUUACUAAACGUGGUAAAUGGAUAAACCCUUCAACUUUCUUUAAGGUUUGCCUACAGGUAUUUGGUUUUUUUUUUGUAAUAAAUGGUUUAAUCCAGCUGCUGGUUUAUGUGUUGACCUACAAACGACAAUGAUUGAAACAAAAAGUCUGUUUGCCGAAGGUCUCAAUGGAAAAUUUCAGUCCCUAAUCAAUGUGUUCAUAUCACAGAAUGUGGCUCGUUGACAGCAGAACAUCAUCCAGUUUGGAUGAAUAUUUUUAUCUUUAUUUCUGCUUUGAGGGGAAAAAUAUCCUAACCACACUAAUUCAGUUCUGCACACUGUACAGGUGGGAUGUGUUGUAUUUGUAUGUUUUAUGAUGACUAAUUUUUCUACGAUGUCGUUUUUAAAGCUCUCUUAUUAAAGCUUUAGUUAAGAUCAUUUGGAGCAACUGUGGAAUUAAAUAAUUGCUGCAACAACCUGUUUUUGAUAUUUAUAUUCUCAGGUGUCUUCAAUUUUAAGCAUUGGAGGUUCAAAUUUUCCUGUGCAGCACCGAUGCAAACAUUUUAUUACUUUUGUUUUGCUGAUUAAUUUAUUAUAUAUCAAAGACGCAUCAUUUAUAUGAUUUAAUUGUUCUAUUCAUAACUCAAUUUGUUAUAUGGGACAGUACUAAUAGUACAGUGUUUUGAUAUUUGUUUGACCAUUGCUUUUUUUGUUUCAAUAAAAGUUCUAAAGUUCA